CACUUGUGGGUGGGCAGAACGCCGGGCGUUACAGAGAGAGCGAGGUCUGCUCUCACUCAGUCCUGGCUUAAGUCCUCAGGUUUCGGCAGAGUGCCUUGAGAAUCGCUUUUACCCAGUUUUUUAUUAUUAUUUAAAAAAUCUUUCUAUUGAGACCUUAAAGAUCGUUUGACCCCUUUAUCCACACCAUUCAAGGGUUGAAUAGCUCUUUAUUACUCUCAAAGAGAGUGUUAGCCCCGAGGCGUUGACUCUGCGAGUGCACAUUUAUUUCGUUCAGGAAAAUGGCAAAGGAUGAUAAGAAGAACGCAUGGAAGGAGUUCUUCUGGAACCCGAGGACGCGAGAGUUCUGCGGUAGGACCGCGAGCAGUUGGGGUCUGAUCCUGUUGUUUUAUCUGGCAUUCUACAUUUUCCUGGCUGGAUUAUUUGCUCUCACCAUGUACGUAAUGCUGCAGACACUCGAUGACCACAGACCAACAUACCAAGAUAGACUUUCAACUCCAGGGAUGAUGAUCAGACCUAAAGGAGAGCAGCUGGAGAUCGUUUACACCAUGGAGUACACAGAGACAUGGGAAAGAUAUGUCCAAGCCCUCAAUAACUUCCUGUCGCCCUACAAUGACUCAGUCCAAGCCCAGAAGAAUUAUGAGUGUAAACCAGAUCAGUACUUCAUCCAGGAGGACAGUGGCAGUUUGAAAAACUUCCCCAAGCGUUCCUGCCAGUUCAAACGCUCCAUAUUGGAGGACUGCUCUGGGAUCACAGAUCGUUACUAUGGUUACGAUGAGGGCAAGCCCUGCAUCUUCAUCAAGCUCAACCGUGUGAUUGGUUUGUUGCCUGCUAGGGACAGGCAGCCUCCUUAUGUCACAUGUGGUGCUAAGAAAUACAAAGUUGGCAAUGAUGAGUGGGCGGAUGACUCAGAUAAACUUGGUGAACUGGCGUACUUUCCCCCUAAUGGCACCUUCAACCUUAUGUACUACCCAUACUAUGGCAAGAAAGCCCAGGUGAACUACUCUCAGCCUUUAGUGGCCAUUAAGUUCCUCAACAUCACCAUGAAUGAGGACGUCAACGUGGAGUGCAGAAUCAACGCUAACAACAUUCCAGAGGGCAGUGAACGAGACAAGUUUGCGGGACGCAUUUCCUUCAAACUGAGGAUCAACUCCAGAGAUUAAAUAGGCGAAUGUGUGUUCCUUUCUUUUACACACAGACACAGACACACACAGGUCCUCCACAUCUAAAAGCGUGCAUGAUUAUGCGCAGAAGGCACAGCUAGAGACACAAGCCAGACACAGCAAUCCUCAGCACAGACAGAGCAUAGAGUAAUACUUCAACAUUUCAAAGAAAUAUGUUUUUUUUUAUUUCAUUUGAGACUUUAGUGAGGUUGUAGAGAGUUAGCAAGGUUGUUUUUGUGUGUAUUUAUGUGUGUACAUCAGUGUGUGUGUUAGCAUGUAUGAGUUGAGAUACAGUAUUUAUUUUCUGAAAUUUUAAUUGAAUGCUCAGCUAUCAGAGCAAUUCAGAGCAAAUAAUAUAUUCUAUUAAAACAAUAUUAGGAAAGGAAUAUACUUUUUUUUUUUUGAAAGAAAAAUUCAGUAUCUAAUAACUAUGCUGUUUUCUUCCCUCAGUAUCAUUAAUUAAUUUAAGUAGGUGUCUAUGAAUUAAUGUGGCAUGAUCUCGUGUGUUUGAAGCAUCUCUUGACUGCUAGGAAUUUAUAUAUAU